CGGCUGAACCGAAAGCGGCCGUGCUCUUGGCCCGUGCAGCGCGGGGCUCGGGCGCGGGAGGCGGCGCACGCCAUGGGGCACGCAAGCCUCCUGCUGCGCCAGCCCUGCGUGUGGGUGCUGCUGCUGCUGCUGGAGACGGUGGCGCGGGGCUUGGCCGCGGCCAGCGGUGGGAUUCCUCAGCUGCCUCUGGUCAUCAACACCUGGGCAUUUAGGAAAGCUACUGAAACAGCUUGGAGUACCCUACAAGCUGGAGGUUCUGAACUAGAUGCUGUAGAGAAAGGUUGUGGCCAGUGUGAAAUCGAGCAAUGUGAUGGUAGUGUGGGGUAUGGAGGAAAUCCUGAUGAACAUGGAGAAACAACAUUGGAUGCCAUGAUAAUGGAUGGUAACACUAUGCAAGUUGGAGCAGUAGCAGAUCUCAGACGCAUUAAAAAUGCCAUUGGUGUAGCACGAAAAGUGAUAGAACAUACUAGGCAUACCUUAUUGGUUGGAGAAUCAGCAUCACUGUUUGCAGAAAGCAUGGGGUUUCAGAGUGAAGACUUGACUACACAGAAUUCCCUUGCAGUAUACUUGAAGUGGCUUAAUCGAAGCUGCCAGCCAAAUUUCUGGAAGAAUGUUACACCAGAUGCUUCAAAAUCAUGUGGGCCGUACAAACCGGCUGCAGAGUUCAGUAAAGAAGAACAGAAGACCUCAGAGAGAAAAAUACAAGUUCACAAUCAUGAUACUAUUGGCAUGAUUGUAAUUGGUAAAACCGGACAUAUUGUGGCAGGAACAUCUACAAAUGGGGCAGACCAUAAAAUCCAGGGACGUGUCGGUGACUCUCCAAUUGCUGGAGCUGGAGCAUAUGCUGACAGUACAGCAGGAGCUGCAGCCGCCACUGGAGAUGGGGAUGUUAUGAUGCGCUUCUUGCCCAGCUAUCAAGCAGUGGAAUAUAUGCGUACUGGAAUGGAUCCAGCAAUGGCUUGCCAAAAUGUGAUUUCUAGAAUUAAGAAGUAUGACCCAUACUUCUUUGGUGCUGUUAUCUGUGCCAACACAACCGGAAGCUAUGGUGCUGCUUGCAAUAAAGUUCCAGGAUUCACACAAUUUCACUUUAUGGCUUUUAAUCCCAAUCUGAGGCAACCAUCUGAGAAAAUAGUGGACUGCAUUUGAUUUUUCCCCUCUUAACACCAGUAUCUGAAGUUAAUACCAUGAAAGAAAUGAAGACUUGCAAUGCAAUCUUAUUCAUGUCUACUCAGAAAGAAGCCCCACUGAAAUCAGUAGGGUUUAGUCCAGGGUAAGCAAGCACAGAAUUUCAGCCUAAAAAUUGUGUAGCUUAAUUUGCACAAAAAUUAAUUGCACACAUAGCUUUCCUUUUUAGUUUAGAGGGGAUAAUAUUAUUACCUGUCAAAUUAAGCUUUUCUGUCUUGUAUUUGCCAAGACAUUUAAGAAAACUUAAACUGGAUGGUAUAACAAAAGCAGUUAAUUCGAGAAGUUGCCAAGUUUUUUCUCAAAUUCUGCCAAAGCUGGCUGCCAUCUGAGUGAGAGAAUAAAUGAAUGUGUCAGGUCAAGCAACUUUGAACAGAAAAUCACUUUCUUCAGUGAAUUUCGGCCAACUUUUCAAGCACUGUUUCCUAUACCUGAAUGAAGACUAUUGCUGGAAACUCCUGAAAUAGGACACAUUUCGAUUAUGACAGAUUCUCAGGAACAAGUACAAAGACAUUUUCAAGCAUGGAGAAAAAAAUCAUUUGAUCAGACAGGAUUUCAUUAACUGGUAUUAACCCUUAUAUAUUGUUGUGCACUCUUAGGCCCCACAGUUUUUUCAGCAUCUCAUGCAGGAGAAGCCCUCUAUCAAACAUACGAACAUUGAAUUUAUAGGCACCCUGGGAGGACUAUUUUAAUUUAACAUUGUUGUACUUGUGUUUUCCAUAAAAUACAUGAGGACUUAAAAAAACCAUUAAAAUAUACUAAUGAUUCUGAACAAAAAAUAGGAGUCAGAGUGUGCUCCCCACCCAGUGUUGGGAAUAUGUUUUAUUCCUUUGUUUUCUCUUAAACAUUGCCAAGAUCACUUACAGAACUGCUAACAUCUGACACUCCGCUGUAAACUUCACUGAAUGACCUUGAGCCAGUUAUCACUCUGCUUAACUUACAUUGCAGUGUUGUUGAAAUAAGUGGAGUGCACUGUGAUAUGUAGCCUUGUACAUGGGGGAAAAAGCAAGAUAUGAUAACUGCCAGAUCAGUAUCCUUCCUGAGCUUCUGGUUUAUUUUUUUUCCUUAUUUCUGGCUGUUUAGGCUUCCUUCCUGAGCAUUUCAAGCCAUAGGACCAUAUUUGGAAACUUACUUCUCAGUAUUGAUUCCAGGACUUACUGCUGCUGUGUUAUCACUUUUGACCUGAGACCAACAUUGGAUCAUCCUUGCUCAGGUGCAAAACCAGCACACUGGCCCUCAUAAUGCCAGACCUGAAAUGCUUCUCUUUUCAUAUCUUUAUGGAUCUGCAUAAAUUCCUGUCAAUCAAACUGCAAGUUAUGGCUGAGACUAGAGUAGAAUAUAAUACAUCCAGAUAUAGCACUGAAAAGACAUACCAUUGGAUACCAUCAACCGAGGUAUCUUUUUAGGGCAUUUGUCUGAGUUGGAAGUGCUGGGUACUUCAUUGCAGUGGUUGUGUGUCUACUUGGAAGACUGGCAGAAUUUGGGGAAUAUUAUUUAGCCCCAUUGAUUCUUCAGCAUUGAGUUCCUCAGGUCUGUUCUGUCCCCCCAUGCUGUUUAACAUCUACUUGACAACACUGAUGGUGAUAAAAAGAUCUACUCCGAAUGUGCGAAAUAGAUGCCUGGCUGGACAAUGGACUGGAUGAAGUCUAACAAAUUGAUGCUCAAUCCAGGCAAGAUUGAGAUGCUGUUAAUUGGGAUGGAGGGUGUUCAACCUGUUCUGGAUGGGGUUGUAUUCCCUAGAAGGAGCAGAUUCAUAGUUUAGGUGUUCUUGAUCCAUCUUUAAAACUUGAAGCUCAGGUGGCCUCAGUGGUAUGGACUGCCUUCUGCCAGCUUCAGCUGGUGGUCCAGCUACAGCCCUACCUGCUCAGGAAUUUCUAAUCUGUGUUCUACUAAUCUCUGGAUUACUGAAAUGCACUUUACUGAGGCUACCCUUGAAGACUGUUUAGAAACUGCAGUUUAUGCAAAAUGCUGCAGUCAGAUUAAUAACUGGGACCCAUAGGCCUGAAUGUAUUUGACCAAUUCUUACCUGCUUGCAUUGGCUGUAUCUGUUCUUCCAAGUUCAAGACAUGGUACUGGUUUUACCCUGUCAGGCCUUUUAGAGCUUGGGCUACAAUACCUGACAGAACAGCUCGCCCAACUGUAAACUCCCCAAACACUAUGUUCAACCUCUGGGGCCUCCCUUCAAGUGCCAGCUCCAAGGAGCAAUCAGGUGGCAACAACAAGAAGGAAGGUUUUCUCUAGUGGCAUCCUAUAAAAUGACCUUUCCACUGAGGCCCAUCUUGAAGGAAUCUUACCGUGGUUUUGUUUUUUGUUUUGUUUUAGCAGUGGGUUAAGUCCUUUAUGUUGAGUCCUUUACAUGGAUAUUCAAGGUCUUGAGUAGAUUACUCCUUCCAGGUGUUUACAAGUCUACUCUUCAUUAUGAUGUUUUACAUUUUUAAUUUUUUUAAUGUUUGUGUUUUGUAUGAUAUUCCAUUGUAUUGGUUUUAUGAGUUGUUAUAAAGUUUCCAGACAGCUUUGGCAACUGCGUGCUAUAGAAAUGAAAUAAUACUUCCUGAGUCUUUUAACUUUUCCUUUGCAGGCAGACCCACCGAUGCUUCUGUAGAAGCAGUCUUAAUUCAGAGUUCCUUUUGGGGCCACCUUCCAGUAGCUAAAUCUAACUGGUGGGAGUUAACCUUCGCAUUGCUGUCUAGCACUCCCUAAAACAGCAUUCCAGGGUGCAUUGACUGUGGCCCGGGCUGUAGCUUGCACCAGUUGGUUCAUUGCUGGUGUGGUGCCUUGUGACUAUUUGCUCCUGGACAGCAAUAGCCUUUCCUGUAAAAUGGCUGAAAGUGUGUGUAUUCCUGCACAAAUGUGUGCAGACAUAUAUGCACAGAUAGGGGCUUAUCAAAUGUAGAGGCUGAAUCUUUAAAUGUGUGGAGCUCAGAACUACUGCUUUGAUGCUUUGACGUCUAAAGAACGCUUUUUUCCCAGUUGAUUCUUCUCUUGUCCUAUUUAUUUGACAGCGAUAACUAAAUUGUUUCAAAAAGGUCAAUUCAUCAGUUCUACCUGAACAUUUAAAGGCAUUUUUCUUUGACAGAGAUCAAGUCAGGUUCUCUGUAAGAAAUAGAAAAAAAGCAGUUGCUUCAGUGUUUUGGACCAUUCUUUGUUUCUUAGAAAAAUCCCCUGUGCCAGUUUGUCAAACAAACUAAAAUGUUCAUUAUUCUCUGGCAAAAAUGCAACACAAUUGCUUACACGAAUAAAUUUUCUUGCACUGCUGGAGGGGAUAUCUAACAGCAGUACUUUUAGUUGACAGACCAGACUACCUGGAAAAACCAUUCUGUCCACUAACACUAUUGCUGUUGCAGGAGAUUCCUUAUGCUAGUGCAGUGUACAUUACUCGUGUUAAUUUUGCACUAGAUAGUGCCCCCUUUUGCCAAACAUUUUUAAGCUGCCUAAGGAGCUUUGGUUAUUGGGCAUUAGAGAAAUAAAACCAUAGCAAACUCAAUUGUCUGUUGGGUGCUCUUGCACUGCUGAGCAAAAGCCAACCUGCUGUGGCUUAGUCUACAAACCCACCCAAUGUUUUCAAUGCAAACUGGUCAGUUGUGUUGAUUGGCAAAGUGCAGGAAGCAAUAACUUAAGGCCAUAUCAUCUGUUUCAUGAAUCAGUGAGAAAAAUAAGUCAGCCCUGCAUCUUUACAUGAAACAAGUGUGUGAAGAUCUGUAUUUAGACAGUACAUCACUAUUCCGCCUCCUGCCACCCAACUAGACAUAACUUCAUGCAGUCAAAUAUUUUUAGCACCCUUUUAUUUUUCAUGUAGUGAAAUACUUUAAUACCCCUUGUCCUUGUAGAUAACAGAUGUCAUGUAACAGCAUAAUCAAAAAUAUGCAGCAAAUAAAUAAAUGUGCAUCAUAUCUUA